AUGUCCCGUCCUAUAGUAAUUUCAGGCCCAAGUGGUACAGGUAAGUCUACCCUGUUGAAGAAACUGUUUGCCGAAUAUCCAGAUUCCUUUGGGUUUAGUGUUUCAUCCACCACAAGGGCCCCCAGAGCUGGUGAAGUAAACGGUAAGGACUACAAUUUUGUUUCUGUGGAUGAAUUCAAAGCUAUGAUUAAGAAUAAUGAAUUCAUCGAAUGGGCCCAAUUUUCUGGCAACUACUACGGUAGCACUGUCGCUUCCGUCAAACAAGUCAGUAAAUCGGGAAAGACUUGUAUCCUGGAUAUCGAUAUGCAGGGUGUCAAGUCUGUCAAGGCAAUUCCAGAGUUGAAUGCUAGAUUUUUAUUUAUCGCACCACCAUCUGUCGAAGAUUUGAAAAGAAGAUUAGAAGGUAGAGGCACAGAAACCGAAGAAUCCGUCGCCAAGAGAUUAAGCGCUGCUCAAGCUGAAUUGGCAUACGCCGAGACAGGCGCUCAUGACAAAAUUAUUGUCAAUGAUGAUUUGGACAAAGCCUAUAAGGAAUUGAAAGACUUCAUCUUUGCCGAAAAAUGA